CAAAGAUGCAGUGCAUAGCAUCUUGGAACGUGGAAAGAGUUCUUCAUAUUGUCCCAAAUUGUGGGGUCGUUACAUGCUUGGCUUUAAUAUUAGCCGCUGCUAUGGAUGAGCAGUGUAGCACAGUAGGUACAGUGAAGUACAGAUGUCAGCCAUUAAUUAUGUUUCAUUUUCUUUCCACAGUUAAGUUGAUUUUACAGAAUUUAUCAGGUCUUCAAAGCAGAAACAGGUGAUUUUUGCUGUGGGUUGAGCUCAGCAUGGCUGUAGUCAUCCGUUUACAGGGGCUUCCUGUUGUUGCGGGUCCUGCAGAUAUUCGUCGUUUCUUCUUGGGAUUGAAUAUUCCAGAUGGAGGUGUGCAUAUUAUUGGAGGAGAGAUUGGGGAGGCUUUUAUUAUAUUUGCAACAGACGAAGAUGCACGGCGUGCCAUGAGCUGCUCGGGAGGGUUUAUCAAGGACUCGCGCAUAGAGCUCUUUCUCAGCAGCAAGGCAGAAAUGCAGAAUACCAUAGAAAUGAGCCGGAAACGAUUUGACCGCGGGGGCCGAGAAACUAUGUCUGGCUCUAGAAGAACAGGUACUAACGGUUCUGGUGCAGCCGGUGUCGGAGACAUUCCACGUGUAGUCACAGCUUUUCCAAAAGGAAUAAGUAAACCUGGGUACGGACCACCAAAUCAUCCGGAGGCCGGCUUCCACAGCAACGGCAUGAGGCACAGUGAUAUAGGUAUCCCGAAGUCAAGCUAUCAGUCAAUAAAGGAUCCUCAUCCAUUUAACCCAGAUGAUCUUUACUUGUUUCUACGUGGUAUACCUUACUCUGCAACAGAAGAUGAUGUACUUGCUUUCCUUUCUGGGAUAGGUGUGGAUGGAGUGAUUCUGAUAAAGCAUCGCAAUGGUUUAAACAAUGGUGAUUGCUUGGUAAAAUGUGCCACGCCUGGUGAUGCCUUAGAAGGACUUAAACGUCACAGACAAUACAUGGGUCAGAGAUUUAUAGAAAUCAGCCCGUCCACAGAGGAAUGGUGGAUCGAAUACGGCGGGCGGGUGGACGUGCCAGAUGAAAUGGAUCACUUCUUCUGUGAAGACCGUUCUCCGAGAAGCUCAGGCUACAUGCAUUCAAGGAGGCAUUCUCAUUCAAGAUCACCAAGGAGACAAAGAACACAUUCUCGUUCAUCUCCCAGCCAGGAGUAUUACAUACACUUAAGAAACCUAUCUACUAAUGUGGAGAAGAGGGAUUUGAAAGAUUUUUUUCCUGACCUGGAUAUAUGCAGCAAACAAAUCAAGCUUCUAACAGAUAAGCAUCAGAGGAGGACUCGAGAUGCCUUUGUGAUGUUACGGAGUGAGAGAGAUUAUAAGGCUGCUUUGGAAUGUCAUAGAAAGGUUCUUCUUAAUCGUUCUGUUUACAUUUUUCCAAUUUCAAGAAAGUCAAUGUUGAAAAUAAUUGAUUCUUGUGAGAGGAGAAGAUCACAGGACAGAGAUCAUCCUGGACAGUCCAUACCAGAAAAAAGUUAUCGGGAAGGUCAUUCUGGCCCUAAGACGUGCGUUUAUGUAAGGAAUUUUCCAUUUGAUGUGUCAAAACUCGAAGUGCAAAAGUUUUUUGCAAGAUUUGAUAUUGAGGAAGAUGACAUUUACUUGCUCUAUGAUGAAAAAGGAGUCGGGCUGGGAGAAGCAUUAGUGAAGUUUAAAUCUGAAGAACAAGCCAUGAAAGCAGAAAGUUUAAAUCGCCGGAGAUUCUUGGGAACAGAGGUAUUAAUAAGACUUGUAUCUGAAGACCAGAUGCAGAAGUUUGGUGUAGCUGUGCCAUUCUCUGCGCCGGAUGACGUGCAGGGGUAUUCGCAUCCGUAUGACAGAGGUGAGCAUUCCCGUCCAAUGGGUUCACCAUCUGGGCCACCACAGGGGCCACCUAUGCAUUCACUUGGUCCCCCUGGGAACUUCAGGCAUCCUUCUGAAUUUAGGCACCCUCCUGAGGACUUUGUGUGCCCUCCUAAGGAUUUUAGAGGUCCACCACCCCUCGUAGAUUUUGGUGGUGAUGAUGAACAUUUUGGCAGAAUGGAGUUUGGGAAUAAUAAAAUGGGAGGUUUUCCUGAGGGCAGAUUUAUGCCGGAUCCAAAUUUCAGUGGUGGUUCUGAACGUGUUGUUCCUAUUAGAUUGAAAAAUUUGCCUUUUAAAGCUACUCCUAAUGAGAUUCUGGAUUUUUUCUAUGGCUACAGAGUGAUACCAGAGUCAGUUUCUGUACAGUACAAUGAACAAGGAUUGCCUUCGGGUGAUGCCAUCGUUGCUAUGACAAACUAUGAGGAAGCUAUGGCUGCUAUUAAUGAACUGAAUGACAGGCCAAUUGGUGCACGGAAAGUUAAGCUGAGCUUGCUUUAAAGGAGGAAAAGAUACUCUAGAGUAAAACUUUCUAGAUUUGACAAUAUUGAUGGUUAUUUUCACUUUUUUAAUUACUGGAAGAGGCAGAAGAAAUGGUUUCCAUCAACGGUUGUAAAUAAUACCAAGUUCAGUGGUUUAGCUCUUGGCUGAAAUACCUGUGCGGUUAAGAUACGAGAACUGUAUUGUGCCUACUUGUGGCAGAGAAGAGCCCAGAAACUGUGUAGGGGACACAAUGAAUGUCUUGCAUCAAGGUAUAAAGGCAUGGACUUAUAAUCCUCUGUGUUUGUGGUUUUUUUUGUUUUUUUUUUUUUUUCCUGUUUGCUCUAAUUCCAUGUCCCACAACUUUGCAUCAAAUUAAAAAUAUAAGUGCUGGUUGAUUAACCACACAAAUGGUUCAAAUAGGAGGAACUUCAGUGCUACCUGCAUUAAUAAAUAACACUUCUUACUGAGGCUAGCUUAAUGAAAUUUUUAAAUGACUGAUUUUUUUUUGUGUAAACAAUAGUUUACAGGUUUUAUUUGGUUUCAUGUGUUUGCAGGCAUUCCUACUAAGAAAAAAGACCUACCUGUUGACAUUAGUUGGCUUUGCAACUUUUUUUUAAAGUAAUAAAGAAAUUGCUGUUAAA